UCUUCCCCUAAUAAAUGAACAAGUGCCUCCAAAUUCCAAAAGAAAACCGCCGACUCUACAGAGACUCCGCGUCCCCGACGCGUUCUCCGUUGACUAUACGAUUUUGUCUUCACCUUCCGCCGUUUGAUUUUGUACUAGUCUUUGCCAAUUCUCAAAAUCAAAAUCUCUUUUCUUUUUUCAUCUAAAUAAUCAACAUCCCAUACAUACAUUUUUUUGUGAAUUUUACCAAUUUUUUUUGAAGAAAAGAAAGAUGAAGGUGACCGUGGAUUCGGGUUCUGGGUGUUUCGGGGACGAAAAAUGUUUUCCUCGGGGUUUUCGAUUUCAUCCCACCGAUGAAGAGCUUGUGCUUUACUAUCUCAAGAAGAAGAUCUGUAAAAAGAAGCACCGUCUUGACGUCAUCGGAGAAAUCGAUGUUUAUAAGUGGGAUCCAGAAGAGUUGCCUGGGUUAUCUAAAUUGAAAACUGGCGACAAGCAAUGGUUCUUCUUUAGCCACAGAGAUAGGAAGCCAAAUGGAGGACGGUCAAAUAGGGGAACAAGGCAUGGAUACUGGAAGAUGACAGGGAAGGAUCGUUUCAUCACACGUAGUUCUCGCCCUGUUGGGGUGAAGAAGACACUGGUCUUCUAUGAAGGCCGUGCACGGAGAGGAGAACGUACAGACUGGGUGAUGCAUGAAUAUACCAUGGAUGAGGAGGAGCUGAAGAGAUGCCAGGAUGCACAGGAUGACUAUGCCCUAUACAAGGUAUAUAAGAAGAGCGGGCCUGGUCCCAAAAACGGUGAACAAUAUGGCGCCCCUUUUAGGGAAGAGGAAUGGGAUGAUGAUAAGCUAGAUGUCAAUGGCCUUAUUGACAAUGAGAACUCUGCAGAGAAAGAUUAUGAAGCUGUGUCUUUAGAUAAUACCAUACGUGAUCUUGAGGAGUUCCUCAACCGCGAUGAUGACGACCCUGAAAUUUUUCCCCCUCUUGCUCUUGAUAAUGGCUUUGUACUGGAACAGUUUGUGGGUGAGGAAGAAACCCUGAGCACUUUGGUUGAUCAUGGUUUAAAGGACGUGACUUUACCUGAACUAAGUGCUGUCCUCCAACCGUGCAGCCAACAAUCUAACGUGCAAGCCAAUUUUGACCUGACACAGUUGGGCACAAUGCAGUUACAAGAAUACGAGGCACUCAAGUCCACUUUAUCUCCAAAUGGCUUAGAGCGUCACGUGUUUGAAGGGGAUUUCCUUGAAGAUUUUCUUGAAUUGGACGAUCUAGUUGGUCAGGAACCAAACUCUCUCACUCUUGAUAAAGCAGUAGACAUCACGGAGGAACUUCAGUUUGAUGAAUUUGACGGAUUGAGCGAGCUUGACUUAUGCCAAGAUGCAGCCAUGUUCCUUCGAGAGACUGAAUCUGGCAAGAUUUAUCGAUCGUAUACGAAUAAUUUAGAGAAUGGAUUCAUAAACCUGAUUUCAAAUUCUUCUCUAAACAAUAAUCUUGUGAAUAAAGCCAUGAAUUGCCAGCUGGAUGAGCCUCUUUUAAAUGAAACCAAUUAUCAGCUAUGGAUGCGUGAGCAAGGAUCCAGCAAUUCUUCUGCUAUAGAAGCAAAUCAGAUGGUCAUUCCUUCUCCUGCUGCAGUUUUCGUAUGUCUAGGUGUGGUACAUUUUGAUAAUUCUAUCAAUCAUUCUACCAAACUAUAUCAAAAUCAAAAUCGAAGCGGCGAACAGGAUGACGGUACAGACUCGUUGUUGUCUUCUGCUAUCUGGGAUUUUGUGGAGUCUAUACCUACAACACCUGCUUCAGCUUCGGAAAGUGCUUUGGUAAACAGGGCUUUUGAGCGAAUGUCUAGCUUCGGUAGGAUGAGAAUAAAUUCUAGAAACGCGAUCGUUGCUGCAGGUAAUACCUCUGCAACUUCAAGAAGUUCACGCAAACCUACAAAUAUUUUAUGUUUUUCUUUGCUUGGAGUAUUAUGUGCUAUUUUGUGGGUGCUGAUUCGAACCUCUGUAAUAGUAAAUGGUUGAUUUGUAGCUAUCUAUGUGUUUAUGUAAAUAGAAAGUUUUGACCUGUCGCUUUACUGAAUUUUAAGUGAAAAUUUAACUGAAAUUCAGGAA